UAGGGCGGAAUUCCUCACGUGGUUGCGACGUGCAUCCAGCCGCUACGGCCGUUCCGCUUCAUAUCCAUCUGUUCAAGGUGGUCAGCGCCCAACCCAAUUCCCGACUGCCCCUCCUCACCUCAUCCUCCUCCCUCGACGUGCACCCUCGAGGCGCUGAGCAUUCUGCCUUAUCCAACUCAUUCCGGAGAAAAGGCACCUCGACGGCGACAAGCGAAAGCCACACGUAGGACGAUUUGUCGACGACUGGACGACUCGACGUUGCCAUGGAUCACCGCUACUCAUCGUCGCGGUACACCACCGCUCGGCCGAGGUCGCCCACUUUCAAUCCUGCGAGGGCUUCGCUUCCCACCAGUAUUGGCUACAGUUCCAUGUAUGGGGGUGAUAUUCAUGUCAUGCCCACGUCCUCGACAAGAUAUGCCUCUGGUAGUUCACGACCGCAUCAUUCCGGCACGCCGACGACCACGACGACGACUUAUGCAGUCACCAAAGACCCCCUUGCUCGCGGCCCCGGCCUGAGAGAAGCGAGCCGUAAUCGCUCUCAUCGCUCAUCGACCCUCGACUCUACCUCUGCCCGACCAGUCAUUGUCACCACAACCACCCGACCGCCGCAGGCCAGUUCAUCAUCGCACCACUCGUCCAGCAACAGACACAGCAGCCCAACUCGCGAUGAUUAUCGCUCCAGCGACUCGACAUUCUACACGCAGCCUGCGUCAUCCAUACGUUCUCGAAGCCAUCAUCGCGGUGGCUCUUACAGCGCAACAAUGGACAACGAAGAAUUUACCCGCAUGCGCGAGCGAACCCUCGAUCCUACACCGUCUAGGCACGAUUCGUAUCGCCCUUCGAGAUCUUCAGCCAUAUAUGCCAACUCCUCCCGCCAUGGAAAUGCCCCAGAUAUUGGUGGCACAGAUGGCUACGAAUAUACAACACCAAGCGACUUGGCACGAUACGACUUGGACCACACUCGGCCUCCUUCCCGAUCACGCAGGCGAGAGAGUAUCGAUCGUGGCUAUUACCGACCGAGUGUUAAUGUCACCACGACUGAAAGCACUGGUCGUGCAUACGACGCCGGCCGACAGCGAGCAGGUCCGCCGCCUACCACCUGGGGAUUGGACAAAAUCAACCGCUCUUCCACAAAUGUAUAUGAUCCGUCCCAAAGCUCGAUUCCUCCGGCUGCCCCUGUGGCGCCCGUUCACCUACCAGUUCCUCCCAGCCCAACAAGCCGACGCUCCACUGGUGGUAUCCCUUCUUCUAUGGAUGUAGCCGCGGCGACUUCUGUGGCUGCGGCAACUGUCGCAGGAGCGGCUGCCUCUCGGCGACCUGUGUCAGUGUACAACGAAGCUCCUCCUCGAUCAAGCCAUCACGAGGACUACUACAGGAGCCGCGAUGACGAUCGGGCUCAGCGACAAGCUCGGGAGCCUGACCGCAAGUACGAUCCCAUUUAUGGCAGCGGUGACUACUAUGACAACGGCGUGACUAGCCGUGGCUUCGGUAUUCGUACAGACUCGGCUCCCGUUGGCGGCGACUUUGAAGACCGACGCAGGGAGGCACGGCCCGAGUCUCGGAAUGGCUAUCGCCCAGACUCCCGCACUGGAUAUAGACCGGAGUCACGCGGUGGUCACCGACCAGAGUCUCGAAGUGGUCAUCGAACAUCGCCUCCGGAUGUCAAGAGAGGCUCCGACGAUGAAUCCAAGCGACGAGAGGACAAGGAUCGUCCAAAGCGUGAUUCAGCUCGCGUCGAAAAUGACAAAGAUCGUCACCUGCGGCGGACUAGCACGGCCAAUGAGGACGAAGCCGAGCGGAAGCGACUACGUGAUAAGUUGAGUGCAGGGCUCGGUCUUGCCGCCACCGCGAUUGGCCUUGGCUCGGCCGUAAAGGAAAAGGAGAAGGAGAAGGACGAGCGUCCCGAAAAGCCGGAGCGGGAGUCCCGGCGCCGAAGCGACGAAGAGGACCCUGGAGCUCGUGCUGCCGAGAGAUACAAGCCUCGGGAGGAGUCUCGGGACCCUCGUGACCGUGCACCCGUCAUUGUCGAGACUCGCAGAGCUGCCGCCGAGCAAGAGGCAGACGUUCGUGAUCGUGAGAAGGAGCGCGAAAAAGAACGCGAGAGAGAGCGUGACCGAGAACGUGAUCGGGAGCGUGACCGAGAGCGUGAUCGCGACCGUAACCGCCGAGAUGGCGAAGCCAAGCUCACGGGCGAUUCUACAACUGCACAACGAGAUGCGUCCCCCGAAGAUGACGAGCAAAAGUCAAGACGCCCGAAGCGGCAGAUUGGCUUCAACCCUACCAACACCAACGAUAUUCGGGAGUUGAAGGAGCAACUGGCAGCCAUGAAGGAUGACAAGCCAGAACGGGUCCCGGUUCCUGUUGACAGAUCAGACCGUGUAGACCGUGUAGACCGUGCCGAUCGGGCGGAGCGUUCAGAACGUCCAGAGCGCUCAGAACGUCCGGAGCGCUCAGAGCGUACAGAGCGGUCUGAUAGAUACGAACGAUCCGACCGAUUGGACAGGCCCGAACGAUCUGAGAGAGACGACAGAUCGGACAAGCAAACAUAUGCCGAUCUUCCGCUCCGCGAGCCGCACAGAGAGCCGAAGGAACGCACGCCUUCACCCAAGAAGGAGUCACCGCCACCAAAGAGAGAAUCACCCGUCUCACUCCCUUCAGCCGACUCGAAUGUUACUUCAUCCAGAGAUGAACAUCGCGACCGCGAUCGCGACCUUACACCACCUCGUGACGAUAAACAGGUCCGCGUUGUGUCUCCACCUCGCGACAAGUCCGACACAAAGCCUCUCAAGGGUAUCUUGAAGGCACCCAAGAAGUACCCCGAGGAGGACAACCCAAUUCGCGAGGGUGUGGCACCUCACAAGGACGAUAAGAAGCUGAGGGAAGUUCCUCCCGGUGCCCGUUGGACCAAGAUCAGCCGGAAGAUCGUAAACCCUGAGGCCUUGACCGUUGGCAAGGAGCGUUUUGAAGUCCGAGACGACUUUGUCAUCGUCCUUCGCGUUCUCAGCAAGGAAGAGAUCCAGGCCUAUGCCGCCGCAACACAGGUCUUGAGAGGUAUGUUGAGAGACUAGAAGCA